AUGGAUGGGGGGAAGAUGAUCAAAGAUCACCCGCGGGAGAUCUGGGAAAUCAUUGAGGCAGAUACAGCACAGCAUCCGGAUUACGCAGUGUUCUUCUUCUCCGGCAAAAGACUAGUACAACGAAUGGCAUUUGGCCUGCUCCCCAGCUUCGUACAACGAAAGAUACGACCAUGCCACACGAAACCCCAACGAUUACAUCCGACUUCAUACCUAGAUGGCUUGCGAGGAGUUUCGUCGUUCAUUGUCUUUCUAGGACACUAUACAGAGGAAAACCUGGGCUGGUAUACCGAACCAUAUGGAGCUUACGAAGAUGGAGCUGCUUCAUCGCCACUUCAACUACCUUUCGUCCGAGUAAUUUACUCUGCUCGGCCAAUGGUUCAUGUCUUCCUCAUCAUAUCCGGCUACGUCCUCUCCUACAAACCUCUCAAGCAGAUCCAUUCUCAGCAAUAUUCCGCCCUCGCAAACACACUCUCUUCCUCAGUCUUCCGACGAGCUCUACGACUCUUUCUCCCUUCAUUUGUCACACUGUUCAUCAUGGCAUUGGCGUUGUUCUCUGGACUCUCGAAUGACAGGUACGCCGAACGGCAAGGCAAUCUUUCAUCACAACUACACCACGUAUGGGAUACAUGUGUCCGGCUUUUGGGGGCCUCUUGGGCAGUGGACAAUUUAGCAUAUCCUCAUCCUUUAUACAAUCCGGCUUUGUGGACGAUCCCAGUCGAGUUCUCCCAAUCUAUACUUCUUUUCGCCGCUCUGCUCGGACUUUCAAAGUGUCGAGCAAAUGUGCGGCUAUUUCUACUGGCUGGCAUUAUCGCAUUUUGCUUUUACAGCGGGCAGCUUUACACUGUUGAAUUCCUAGGUGGCAUGUUCAUUGCAGAAGUAACACUUCUUCGAGACCGAUCUCUCAGUACGCCAUCUUCAAGUCCGAUGCUUCCAAAAUUUGAGGAUACGGCUCGAGAUGGGGACUGCGGAUCCAACGCCAGACAAAAAUUGAUCCAACUAUUCUGGCUGGCCAAUGUCUUGUCUGGGCUUUUCAUUGCAUCUUGGACAAAUGAUCAUAUUGAGGCAGUAUGGGGCUUGAGAUUCUUGGAUUCGCAUACGCCGGCGCCAUAUCGUGGGCAGCAAGUUUGGUUCUGUAUCGGGGCAUUUCAGAUUGUCGCAGCAUGCACUCAGUUGAAAUGUUUGCAGAGGAUCUUCACGACUCAGAUUGCUCAGUACCUAGGAAACAUCUCUUACGCUCUCUACUUGAUGCAUAAUCUGUGUCUCACGAUCCUGGAGCCACGAUUCAAUCCGGUCUUUGAUAGUUUUUUCAGCAAAGCAACAUUCUGGGGAAGGCAAAUGUCAUGGAUGGCAGGAAUCUUUAUCUAUGUUCCGACUGUCAUCAUCGUCGCAGACUUAUUCUGGCGCGUUGUCGAUACACCGACAGUCCGCUUUGCUAGAUGGUUCGAAUCAAAAUGUGUGGUAGACAAAAAAGGAUAA